AGGCCCCAUUCAGGCUCGUCCUGCCGGCUACUUGCGCAAGGGAAAGGGGUCCUUUGUUUUGUUACAAGCCCCAGUUCCCGCCUCCAGCCAUGCCUCUGCUUCUAAACUGGUUUAUGCAGGAGGCGUCGUUGUCCCUCUUUCGUAUUCCGCCUUUAUUGGAACCUCCUUUCCUGAACCUCUUUAGUCAUGUUGUUAGUUUCAUAUUGAAGCAUGAAUCCGGGUUCAGUGGCUAAAAAGCACCUAUCUCCAGGCAAGGGCGAGGAGAGACUCCCUGCCUGAAAACCUGGAGAGCGAUAUUUGCCAGGGCUUGUUGACAAUACAGUACCAAUGGGCUGACUUAGUUGUAGAAGGCAGCUUCCUUUUUUCGUGCAAAUGAAGGUGAAUCGGGUGGAGAGAGGGAAUCUGCUCCGCCAGCUCCGCUGUUUCCUCCUUUUGCCGGUUGGUGAAUCCAUCAGAUCGGUGCUUUGCAAGGUGUACCUAUGAAGUCUCCUUUCGGCGUUGCUCGCCGGCCUCCUCCUGCCGGCUGCUUGCGCAAGGGAAAGAGAUCCAUUUUUUCUUUUCUUUUUUUAUGCAAAUCCCAGCCAUGCCUCUAGGGCAAUUGGCCUCCUGGCCCGCAGAGGAGCUGUCUCUUUCUAAACUUAUUUAUGCACGCAGGGUCGCUCCCCUUUCGGCUUCCGCCUUUACUGAACUUUUUAAUCGUGUUGUUGGAAGGGAGAGGUGGCUCAAGGUGAAACAAACGCGCCCGCUAGGUUCUUUCUUUGGCCGCUUUUGGUUUGCUUUUUGGCUUUUGGCUUGUUUGUUUAUUUAUUUUGGAAAGUUGGCCAUGUGGACGCAUUGCAAGCCGAAGCUGUCAAACUGCGAAGUUUGGUUGCAAAGCUUAGGGCAAGCAGGGAAUCAAAAGUGCAAAGCUUGGGGCAAAAGGCCAAUCGCGUUUUCCAAAGGCUGGAAUCAGCAAGUGGAGGCCAUGGAUCAAAAAUGCUCCUCACAACACCCAAGGGAGCUUUUUGCCAGGAAAGAAAUUGGUGUCUUUUGUCAAGAGCAGCCUAGGAUUGGAAAUCCAUACCUGGAAGAUGCUUUUCUUCAGGAUUACUUGAAAUCACAGCUACCCGCUGAGGUGUUUGCUGAUGAAAGUUUAGACCUUGAACAGUUUGGGGCUCGAGUGAAGGAUGAAAUUGAUCUCCUGGGACGCGAGUGUGAGAUAAACCCUCCACAACUUAAGCAGUUUGAUGCCUGGGGGCGGCAUGUGGAUGAAAUUAUCACCUGCCCAGCCUGGAAGAGGAUGAAGGAGAUCUCGGCUGAGGAGGGGCUGAUUGCUGAGGCUUAUGAGAGGAGAUACUCUAACUGGAGCCGCAUUCAUCAGAUUGCAAAACUGUACCUUUUCGCACCUUCUUCUGGUCUUUUUUCAUGUCCUCUGGCCAUGACUGAUGGAGCAGCAAAAGUAAUAGAGUCCUUGGGUAUCCCCAAACCCCUCAAAGAAGUUUUUAUCCACUUGACAUCACGUGACCCUGCCAAAUUCUGGACUUCUGGCCAGUGGAUGACUGAACGCAGAGGGGGCUCUGAUGUUGCUAGUGGCACAGAGACAGUAGCCCUGGAACUCCCUGAUGGCAGCUACAGUCUCCAUGGCUUGAAAUGGUUUACUUCGGCCACUGAUUCAGAUAUAACUUUGACACUGGCAAGGACCAUGACUGCUGAUGGACAAAUACAGCAGGGCUCCCAAGGUCUGUCUCUGUUCUACCUGAAGAUGCGCGAUGAGGAAGGGAAGCUGAAUGGGAUUGAGAUACAACGGCUGAAAGACAAGCUGGGCACAAGGCAACUGCCCACCGCAGAGCUCCUCCUAAAUGGAGCCAAGUCACUCAAGAUCUCUGCAGAGGGCCGGGGUGUGGCUUCCAUUGUAAACAUGAUGACCAUCACUAGGAUCCACAAUGUCAUUUAUGCAGUUGCGUGCAUGAGAAGAGUGAUCACCCUGGCAAGGGAUUAUGCCACCAAGAGGGAAGCCUUUGGAAAACCCCUGAAGGCUCACCCUUUGCACAUGCAGACUUUGGCUCGAAUGGAGGUGCAAGCUCGAGGAGCAUUCCUGCUGAUGAUGGAGAUAGGGAAAUUGCUUGGACUGGAAGAAACCAAGAAGGACACUGAACAAGACCAGCACAUGCUUAGGCUGCUGACGCCUGUUGUCAAACUUUACACUGGGAAACAAGCUGUUGCGGUUACCUCAGAAGGGCUGGAGUGUUUUGGAGGGCAGGGCUACAUGGAAGAUACAGGCCUGGCAGGAAUUUUGCGGGAUGCCCAGGUGCUAACUAUCUGGGAAGGAACAACCAAUAUCCUCUCUCUGGAUGUUCUGCGCUCCCUAGUCAAGAGCCAAGGAAAAGUGCUGGAUGCAUUUUUCUCUACUGCCCAGGCCAGGUUGAAGGUGGCGCUUAGCGUCUCUGAACUGGAAAUAUCUGUGCAAAUGGUUCAAAAUGCUCUCCACAAACUCAGACAGUUCACUCAGAAAAUAAGCUUAAAGGGGGAAGCCGCGAUGCAGCUGUCUGCAAGAGACUUUGCCUAUGCUCUGGCACGGAUCUAUGGAGGAGUUCUCCUGCUGGAAUAUGCUGCCAGGCCGAAUGCAUCAGCCACAGACAUCUAUACUGCUCAGAGAUGGUGUCACCAAGAGAUGUGCCCUGUGGACAGUGAAGACAAAGCUGGGUCUUAUAGCACUGGAGCAGCUUCUCUGGAUACUUCCUUGGUUUAUGACAAACACCCAGUUCUGAAAGGAAGACUGUAAGAAGGAAUGCAGAAGAGAUGCCAUGCACUAUCCUGGAAUAAAGGAGUUAGUGGGGAGAGAGACAGUUCUCAUACAAUAAAAAAGGUAUUGCUUAUUCUGAAGUAAGCUGGCAGAGACUGAGUAAAUAAAAGUAGAAAUUUGAGAAACAAACAGCCUUUGUCACAAAACACUGCAUUCAACUGUGUGCAUUCAACUCUUUUCAGUUCUUAAUUUUUAACAGCCAUGAGGAUAUGGAAAGAAGUGUAUGAACCCAAGUCUGGAUGCAAUCCAUGGCUGCAAAUCACAGUUGAACAGAUCCCCAAGUUACUCUUUGUGCCUCUACCUUAAUGACAUACAGGUAUGUUAUGACCACUCAGCAUAAUCAACUUC